GUCUUCUUGCACGUUCAUUGAACAUCACUCAUCAUCACGGCUAGAAAUUAAACAUAUUCAUGCGCAGCAUCUGUCAGCUGUCGAGGAGAUGGCACCAACAGUUCUAUCUGUCUCCCAGCUUCGCCGGGCACCAGAAUUGCCUACAAUUUCUCCAGCCUAUCCGUCAUUAUAGGCAACCACCUCGAUCCCGCCCUCCACGCCCUCAACAAACCCAGCGUCCUUUGCCGGCUCGGCCUCUCGGGCAAGUCACGGUCAACGAAUAUGAACAACGUGGCAAUGAUGCCUCCACAAGGGUGCCUGUUCGCGAUUACAUGGAGUUGGAAGGCCAACAAGUUCGUUCAGAGUUGGACCAAUUGGAUCGGGAAUUGGCCGUCUUGAAAGAGGGACCGUUUGGACCCAACAGCGAGUUUAUGCGUUCAUUCCCGCCCGAUGAAAGAGAGGCACUCUUGAAGGCUCUAGAAGAGGAAGGAGUCAUGCCUCCUGGGACCGACGAUCUCAUUAGCGAUGAAGAACUUGAAGAACUGGCGAGGGGUGAGGAAGAGACGAAACGGCUAGCAGAGUCCAAGUCUUCAAUGAAGGUCACUUUGAGCAUUCCGGCCACGGACAAAAUAUACGUCAAGCGGUUUAACAAGGCCCUGCAGGAAGCCGAGAAGGCUGAGGCUGACGACAAGGCUUAUUUUGCUUUGUGGAAAUGGUACCUCAAGUGUCAGCAGCAUGUGUCGAGUUUUGCCGUCCUUCUUCCCGAGGAUGUCUGGCAUUUCCUGUGGAAAACUCAAAGCACCAAGUACUACAGACCCAAGCACCUUCAAAUGCUGGCCAAGGACAUGAUGAAGGUGGAUGUUUCACUCGAGGACAAAGAAUGGGUGCAAUAUAUCGAUGGUCUUCAAGCCGUUGGAGACAUUGCUGCCGCGGCAGAGACUUGGGAGGCACAGAAAAGCCGACUUGGAACCAAGGACGACCUCGCGGAGACAUUCUGGAUGACGGGUAUCCGAAUUUAUGUUGAUCUCGGAAAGCCUCAAAAGGCCCAAAACCUUGCAUUCGAAUGUUAUAAUCACACUACAAUGGUCGACCCCGAGGUUCUGGUCAUGGUCAUAUCAGCUUGGGCCAAAAGUCAAAGUGGGUCUGCACCAGCCAAAACUUGGUGGUGCUACAUGGAACUGCGUCGGAUACUGGAGCAGAAGGAAGAAGACCAACAAAAGACAUUGGACUUGCUGGGCCGAAUCAGUAGCACGUUGCUCGAAGCUGGCCGUGUGGAUCUUGCACUUGCAGUCUUCAAAGACAUGUACCUGUUCAAGUACAAGAACGCCAGUGACUCUUGGAAUUUUUUUCAGGGCAUGGUCAAAACUCUACAGGACUCACAGCUGCCCGGCGAGGACAUCAUCAACAAGGUCGGUCUCGCGUCCUUUGUCUUUCUUCCACGAUAUUAUCAGAACAAAUUCUUCUUUGGAUCGUGGCUCAAAUGGCUCCUUGGAGAAGGCAGAGUUGAGGAUGCUUCGCUAGUGGUUGAGCUUAUGUAUGAGCGUGGCGUCCGACCAGAUGCUGGGCACAUCAACGGCCUGAUAGCGGCCUACCUACGAGAAGGAUCGCCCAAAGCCCGCCAGACCGCAGAAAGUACUGCCUGGGCCAUGAUACAGGCUCGGAUCGAUAUGGUUCAGAAGCGACUUGCGCAGCAAGCUGAAGGAAAGUCAACAACCCCCCUUGAACCACCACUCGAGACGAGGCGAGUGCCAUUCUUUCUGCGCCGAGGGGCGCCACCUGCAACGAUCGAGACAUUUUCGAUCCUGCUGCAAUACUACACACGUCGGUCGGAUUUGGCUAAAGCCGGUGAGCUCACCGAUGUAUUGAUUGGUUCGGCAGAUAUCAAGCCAAAUUCAUUCAUUAUGAAUCACUGGCUAUAUGCGUCUCUCCGAUCCGGGCAAGCCCAUGAAGUGUGGAGUAAAUACUUGACGUUGACACAGACGAUCCAGCCGGACCUGGAAACCUUCGCGGCACUCUGGGAUACUGCGAAGGCUUGUUAUACCUCUGGUGCUACAGGCGACAAAGGGUUUCCUGAUGCACGAACCGUAUUCGCCGAGAUGCUAGGGUGGAUGAAUGCAAUCACCCCGAAGAAGAGGGAGGCGGUCCAGGCCGAUUUCUCUCAUGAUUUAUACGAACAAAUCAUUCGCUGUUUCUGCCUUGCUUCCGACCCUAAAGGCACUCUCUGUGCACUAUACGGGUUGCGCAAGUCGUUUGGUAUACUGCCACAUGAAGAAGCCAUGCGCUUGAUCAUCAUCUCAGUUGCGCGCGCGUUCAGUUCAGACUUUGCUGGACCUCCACAACCUCGGGAUAGGAGACUGCGAGCACUAAGAAAAACACAGUAUCAAAGCGCUCUGAACACCCUGACCAACAUUUUCGUGACGAUGAUGGACAGGAAAAUGACUGAAGCAGACGUUGAUCCCGAGCUGCUGCGGGACGUUGAAAGUCAGCCAGCUCAGGAGUUCAGGCUGGACGUGCUAUCGUCAUUCCUCUGCAUGGUGAUCGAAAGAAGAAUGGAGAGGGGCAGCAAUCUUUCUGAAGAGAUAUCGCAGGUGGCUGAAGAACUGAACACCUCUGUGCCACAGGAUGUUCUCAACCGUCGUGACUGGCCCAGCGCAUUGUGAUGGUAUUUUGAUAUAGCAGAGUUGGAAAUGUCAGUGGUGCGAUGCCGCAUUGUUCAAAUGGUUGUAUAGCAUCUGUAUCAUAGCACAUGAAUGCAUAGAAGCUCCGCCUCCGUUGAUAUACG